AUGGUGUCGUUCAUCGCGCGCCGCGCGUGCGCGCUCGCGUCUCGGGCGCUGUCGACGCCCGUGCGAUCGGCGUUCAGCUCGAGAAUCGACGCCGUCGCGAGCUCGACGUCGUCGCCGGGAUCCGACCGUCGCCGUUGGGCGUCGUCGAAAACGGAAUCCGACGACGCCGCUCGCGGUGACAUCCUUCGCGGCAUCCCCGAGCACCGCGAGUCUCUCGUCGAGGAGGAUUCGGAACCGGCGACGGAGGACGAUCUCGCGCGCAGAAGAGCCGCGGCGGUGCGGCACACGCUGAAGCAAGAGAUGGGCACGGAGCGCGCGUCGCUCACCAAGCUUCUCGCGAAGCACGGCGUGAGGAUCGCGGGAGGCGUGGACGAAGCGAACGCGCUCAUGGACGAGCUGCUGAGGUGGAAAUCGGAGGUGGUCGUCUCGGGGGAGGGAAAGUGA